UCUGAAGAGCCUCCCAGGCCAAAACCCUUUCUUCACUCACACUAGAAAACGCACGUUAUAUGGCUCACAGGCUUUCCGUCCCCCACUCCUCCUCCAUAGCCUUCGACCUCCACUCUCAUCUACUCGUUUCCAGAUACUGGUCCUAACCUUCUCUCUUGCCCCCUUUUCGUCUUUCUUUCUCACCAAAAAGAAAAUUUUGUGUGCAAGUCUUUUAAGGAAGAAAAAAGAAAAGAUGGGUCUCAAGGGUUUCGUCGAAGGCGGCAUUGCUUCCAUCGUUGCGGGCUGUUCCACUCACCCUCUGGAUCUCAUCAAAGUCCGCAUGCAACUCCAGGGCGAGAAAGUCCAAGCGCCCACCCCACAGCCCAUCCACAAUCUCCGCCCAGCUUUUGCCACCGUAGGGACUACCGCCACCACCCUCCACGUCCCGGCCCCACAGCUUCGUCUGGGGGGACCCAUCUCCGUCGGCGCGCGCAUCGUCCAGACCGAUGGCGUAGCCGCAUUGUUCUCCGGAGUCUCCGCCACCGUGCUCCGCCAGACGCUCUAUUCCACCACACGCAUGGGGCUCUACGACGUGCUCAAGCACAAGUGGACCGACCCGGACACGACCCACAUUCCCCUCGCGAAGAAGAUAGCCGCCGGCUUGAUAGCCGGCGCGGUGGGGGCGGCCGUGGGAAACCCCGCCGACGUGGCCAUGGUACGAAUGCAAGCCGACGGGCGGCUCCCGGCGGCCCAGCGGCGCAACUACAAGAGCGUGGUCGAUGCGAUCACGCGCAUGGCGAGGCAGGAGGGCGUGGCGAGCCUGUGGCGCGGCUCAGCUCUGACGGUGAACCGAGCCAUGAUCGUCACGGCGUCACAGCUGGCGUCGUACGACCAGUUCAAGGAGAUGAUCCUGGAGAGGCACGUGAUGAGCGACGGCCUCGGGACCCACGUGACCGCGAGUUUCGCGGCGGGGUUCGUGGCGGCCGUUGCGUCGAACCCUGUGGACGUGAUAAAGACGAGGGUGAUGACGAUGAAGUUGGAGGCGGGGCGUGCGGCGCCGUACAGCGGGGCCCUGGACUGUGCUAUAAAGACGGUGAGGGCCGAGGGCCCCAUGGCUCUGUACAAGGGCUUCAUUCCUACCGUGUCUAGGCAGGGGCCUUUCACUGUGGUUCUGUUCGUGACGCUUGAGCAAGUCAAGAAGAUUCUUAAGGACUUUUGAAGUUUCAGAUUUUGACGACGAUUACUACUCUACUCUACUACCAUCACUUCCUUUUUUUUAAAAAAAAAAAAAAAUCACUGGUUAUUAUUCUCACAAUUUUGUAGCAGCAGAUGAUCUUAGAAGAAUACUAUGAAAUUGAUUAUUCUA